AUGGAAUAUCGUCAUGAAGACAGAGACACGUUGGAAAGGAUUCGCCCAAUAGAGCAGCCUGUCUUCUCAGCCAGAUACGAGGCCGAAGAAUUGUCCCAGGCUGUUGUGAGGUUAAAGUUCAAGAAAGAAUCCCACACGGACCUGAAGAUCCAACUCUUCGGCAGCGACGAGUACAUCGACAUACCCAACGAAGACGUUCGGAUCAAUUCGGUCUACGCAGCCACGCCCAAAGAGAUCUCCGCCGAACAUGACUACGGGGUCAUUCUUCUACCCAAAAACAUCAAACCCCCGGGGGACUUCGGCUUCUCUCUUCCACUCGGUGUCGCGGACCGUCUCGACUGCGAACUAUCCGUAACGGGGUACCCUGCUACCAAAAACGCCGGGAUAGUAACAAUCAGCGGCCAAGUCGUGAACCCAAUCAUCCGCAAAAACCAGCUCGAGUACGUCAUCGAGACGGAGGCGGGCCUUAGCGGCUCACCCGUUUGGGCCGGUUACAAGCGACAUCCCACUGUCGUGGCAAUCCACAACUACGGUCGGAAAAUCAACAAGCCUGGCUACGGCAGCAAAGGCACGCGUGUCAACCUCAAAUCACUUCGCGACAUCUUUGAAUGGACGGGGCUAGAUACGACGGAGAAAUAUUUGCGGGCCAGCGGUUUCAAGGAGUCCGUGGAGACACCACUCCGCCUGGGGUACUCUGCUGAUGAUGAUGCUUUUCGCAUCAUCGUUGACGAGAUCGACGAUCCCCCGGACACGAUGCUAAUGAGUACUUUCCCUGUCUAUGCAGCGCCGAGUCGCGCGACCAAAUCGCACCCAGCCUUCGGCUUCCUGCAGAAAGACCGCUGGGUGUCUUGGGAUGUACCCUCAGCGGCAAGUUUGGUUAACGAUCUGCGCAGAGCAAGGCUCGGUCGCAUCGAUAUUCCAUCCAAUGCCGAAGGCUGGGAGUAUCAGGAGGGCAGGCAGUUUGCCAUUGUCGUCCCCUCUCAACCUGGCACUACUAUGAAAGACGAUAGCGUAAGCAGUAGUCUGGCGCUGGUCUUAGAACACACGAAGGUGGCAUCUUGGCAAUUGGAGGAGCCGGGAGAGGUUCUUGAUGCAAUCGGCUAUCGUAAAUACUUGAAGGGCCAAUCAUUCAAAGAUGCUUACAAUAGAUGGGUUCUCGAAAGCCCGAUUCUGGAGUGA